AUGUAUCUAAAUGAAAAGAAAAAACCAUGUUUAAGUAAACAAGAAGAAGAUGAAUUUCAAGAAGCAACUGAAUGUUAUAUUUGUAAAAAAGAAUUUGAAGAUAAUUGUAAAAUAAGGGAACAUAAUCAUCUUUCAGGAAAAUAUAGAGGAGCAGCGUGUCAAUCUUGUAAUACAAAAGAAGGUAAAGCAACAAAAUUAAUACCCGUGUUCUUUCAUAAUGGAUCAAAUUACGAUUUUCACUUUUUAGUUGAAGAAUUGAUGAAGUAUGAAGAUGACUAUAAUAAAGUAAAACUUCUUUCUAAAAACUCAGAAGAAUAUAUUUCAAUAGAUUACGGAACAAGAUUUAAGAAACUAAGAUUCCUUGAUUCAUACAGAUUUAUGUUAAAAGGCUUAUCAGAUAUUGCUAAAUCAAUGGAUGAGUUUCCUAUUUUAGAAAAAGAGUUUACAACUUAUGAUAUUUCUUUAUUAAAACAAAAAGGAUUCUAUCCGUACGAAUAUAUUGAUUCUAUUGAAAGAUUAAAAGAUGAUAAAUUGCCAGAUAUUAAAGAAUUUUAUUCAACAUUAACCCAAAAAACAAUUACAGAAAAAGAGUAUAAACAUGCACAAAAAGUAUGGGAAUAUUAUAAUUAUAAAAUUUUACAAGAUUACCAUGAACUAUAUCUUAAAACAGACGUUCUUAUUUUAGCAGAUGCAUUUGAAAAGUUUAGAAAAUUCUUUUUAAAACAUCAUGAGAUCGAUCCUUGUUAUUGUUAUUCUGCUCCCGGUUUAACAUGGCAAUGUGGUUUAAAGUAUACAGCUAUUGAAUUAGAAUUAUUGACUAAUUAUGAUAUGUUACAAAUGUUCGAGAAAGGAACCAGAGGAGGAUUUUCUGGUGUUCUGGGACCAAGACACGUAAAAGCUUUUAAUAAGUAUACUACUAACUACGAUGAAGGAAAUAGAAUAUUAGAUGAAAAUGAAAUGAAAGAAUGUUUAGAAAUAUUAAAGAAUGGAGGAAACUUAAACGAUUUUCUAGAAGAAAAAUAUUUAUUAUACCUAGAUGCUAAUAAUUUAUACGGUUGGGCAAUGUCAAAACCUUUACCUACAAGAGAUUUUAAAUGGGAAGAAAAUCAGGAAUAUUAUAAGAAUAUUCCAGAAGGUAGAGGAUGUAUCAUUGAAUGUGAUUUAGAAUAUACAAAUAAAUGCAAAAAGAAAACAUUUAGAUAUCCUCUAGCACCCGAAAAAAUUAAAGACAAGCUGUAUUAG